UAGGAAAGUGAUAUUGAUAUAGUAUAGAUAUAAUUCAUUUUACAAAGUAUAAUCAUAUGAUACAGUACAUUUACACAAAACAUUCGUGUUUAGUGCGUGAUGUCUAGAUAUCAGGUUUGGUCUAAUUCACAACGUGACAUGAAUUUAUACAGUGAGUGUGCCACUGCUUCUAUAGAUAAUCGUUUUGUUGAGACAUAUGAUUUCUAGAUAUCACUCGCAACUUUUCCCUUGUGUCAGAUUAUAUUACGGCCAUAACCCUGAUACCUUUGUUUGGAUUCGUCCUGUUUUGUAAUGUUUUCUUGUCCCAGAUGGUAGAAUGGCCUCCGUAGCUGUAGGCACCACUGCUGACACUCCUGCUGCUACUUCUGCUGUAACUGCCUCACCUCCUCCUGUCCCUCUUCCUAGGAACUUGUCUGCUCAAAACCCAGAAACCGCCCCGUCUUCCGACACCGCUCAGUCUAGCACUUCUUCCUCCGCCAUGGCGAGCGUUCAGACCCCUGCGGCAGCGCUGUCUUCGCCACCAGGCCCGCCUCAGCCCCCACCUGUCUCUAGUCCUCCACCCCCGCCCGCCUCCUCCUCUCCUCCACCACCACCUCCCCCUCCACCUGUUGACUUAGGCUCGGUUGCAUCUCCGCCCCCGCCCGACCUUCCUCCUCCUCCGGACUUCUACUCCCUCUCCUCCUCUCCGCCUCCACCGCCUCCUCCCCCUUCCUACCUGUUCCCUGAACUCUCAUCGGAGGACUUGCCUCCCCCACCCCCGGCCCAUCUCAUGAUGGACCUACCGCCCCCGCCGCCCCCGAUGUACAUAUGCUCCUACGACCCGCCCUCGCCAGAGGUAAAGUCAGAAUACGAUCCUCAGCUCCCACCACAAUUUGCUGCAGCCGCGAAGCAACAGCAAUUCCCACAAGCUCCACCUCCUGCCCCUCCUCCUCCCCCUCGAACUGGCCCUCCCCCUCGCCCUAGUCCUCCUCCUCCUCCGACGCCGCCCGUGCGACAGGCGUCGAAAGAAAACUUGGCUGCAACAACACACACAGACACCCCCGCGGCGGAGGCUUUGGCUGUAACGUCGGAGAUCGCCACCAGCGCAGGCUCUCCAGAGUCUUCCUGUGAAGCGUCUGGAGAAGAAUCGAAGACCAGAGGGGAGACAAGCACAGCGUAUCCGGGCAAGAACGUAACCGAGGAUUCCGCCGACGGCCGUCCAGCCUCAAGCUUGGUGUCAUCAUCUACUCUGACAGCCACUAUGCUCCUCACUCCUGAAUCUGGCCUCUCCCCACUGCCCCCUCACGCCCUCCGAGUCUCGCCAGUUCCCACUUCGUCGUCGCUAGAGUUCACAGAUGAUUUCACCAUGACGCCGCCCUCGAGUGAUGUGACCUUUGCAUCAAACUUUUAUGAUAAUAGUAAAGACUCCACUAUAGAUAUGGAAACACCCGAGGUCACACCACAGCUCUCUGAGAUAGUAGGAUCUGUAUCCUCAACGCCUAUUGACCUGACACUAUCUCUUGUUCCUGACAGCAUGGACACAAGUACCCACAUUUCAGAGACUAGCCACGAUGUAUUAUCUGCAACCGUUACCUCGGAUGAUGCGUUGUCUCCUUUGCCCAAAUCAACAAGCGAAGAUAUAUCACAGGGAAAUGAAGAUGACGAUUCCCUCUCUGCCAGAAAUGAUGUGAUAACAGAGAGGUCAGAUCUGGACACCCUUGUUUUUCCCAGCACUGCCAACACCUCUACCACAGAAAUGGCGCAAAUGUCGUCCCCAUUCUCCACUGAACCUCCGUCUUUGUUUUCUCUCCCCACCGACAGUGACACUAUUUCUGCUGAAUUUGAUUCCCUAGCAGCAGACACCUUGUCACCGACAGGGGAUUUUGAUUCAUUAGCUUUGGAAGCAGACACGUGCAGCGUAACGACCUUCACCACUGCUGUUACUACAGAUGCUUAUAUGCUCUCCUCAUCAUCCCCAGGGGUUUCAGAUACUGCUUAUGCAACUGCUGACAGUACAAUGGCUUCAGCAACAGCAUCUCCAGCAUUCACAGAAUCCUGUACCAUAACACCAGUCCCUAAUGACUACCUUACUCCUUUGUCAACCAACCCAACUACAACCCCAAUACCAUCACCCAUUCCCACAGAGGCAUUUACCUCAAGACCCAGCUCACUUUCUCCUUUUCUGGACUCCAAAUCAUCUACUCCCCAUCUAUCUGAAAGCUCUCUGGUGAUCAGUGAGGGCACUGCGUCUUCUGGUUCUCAAUAUCCUGUCUGUCCAUCUUCUUUCUCUCCAUCCCCACAUUCUUCAACCUUCGCUGUCUCCUCAGCAAGAACAAUGGCGUCAUCACAACAUCGUCCUGAUCACAAGGUCACCAAUGCAGAAAGCAUCCUGGAAGAUGUUGUUGAACCUCCGCCAGUGCCCCACGCCAAGACUCCCCCUCCGCCUCCCCCUCGAUCCUGUGUCAACACCCCCAAGCCAGGCAUGAGUGCUCCAUUACCGCCUCCUAGGCAGUAUAUGCUGAUUCCAAUCAACCCACCCCAGACGACACUUAGAAGGCAUAGUCCCCCACCAGCUCCACCCCGAUCUACAUCAAUACGCAAAUCUCCUCCACCUCCACCUCCCAGAUCAGCCAUUCAUACUCCGGCUUCUAAGAAUGAAUGGAUUGAUUUUCCUCCACUUCCACCACCUCCAAUAUCAUCUCUAAACACUCCCUCUAGUCCAACACCAAAACUGACUCCAGUUCCAGAGGAGACUUCAUCACCAUCUACACCUCAACCCUCUGCAUCAUCUAGAAACUCAGACACAUGUUCUCCAGUAACUUCCAGUGCCACAGCAAGAGCUACCACUCCCUCUUUAAGUGAAUGUGAAGCAGAUUCAAGAAUAUCAAAUAAAGAGGAACAAACCAAUGCUCAGGCCAUUACAAUCUCAUCCACCUAUUCCAGUUCUCAGUUGGACGUGAAAACUGAUGAUAAGCCACCAGCUCUUCCACCACCCCCUGAAGAAGAGUCUGAAGAAGAGCCACCCCUACCACCUCCCCCUCCAGUAGAUUCCCAAAGCAAGUCUGAACCCCCUCUCCCUCCGCCCCCUCCAAAUGAAUCGGUUUCUGUUCCCCUCAUUCCUCCACUUCUCCAAAACACUAGAGGAAGAUGUAAAACUCAAUUAGAUGGUAAACCGGUACAAGAAAAACAAGUGGAAAAUGGUGGUCCACAAGUGUCAGAGCAGCCUCUUAUAACCAAUGGAGUCAAAAUCCCAGAGAGUUCAUUUGUAGAGCCACUCCCACAGAGUGAGAGUACUCAGCCUUCAGCUCUUGUAGAGUCAGUUUCACAAUCAAGUACCCUCCCAUCUCCCAUAGGUUCUGUCAAGAGUGAUGAUUGCCAAACUAAUGAUGUAACACUGAAUGUCUGUAGUGUUCAGAAUGCCACACCUGCCUCAAUCACUCUCCCUGAAUCAUCCAUACAACACACUACUGGCACUGGCCUUAAAACAUCCAUCAUUGCAGAUCAGGGAGAAAGUAAAAUUCAUGGUUUUGAUAUUGAUGAAAGAAAGGACAAUAAUGGGGAAAAUGUAGAACCAGAGUGUAGUCAUGCUGAUAGUAUACCUAUAGUUAGUUCAGACAAACAGGUUUUCCCAGAGUCUAGUCAUGAAAAUAAACUUGAAGGUCAGGUUUCAGUUUUAGGAAGUAGUUCAGUCAGUGCUUCACACACUCCAACUAAUGGUUCCCACACCUUAUUGUCUUCUUCUUCCCCCCUUCACAGCAUCCUGGAAGAUGUUGUUGAACCUCCGCCAGUGCCCCACGCCAAGACUCCCCCUCCGCCUCCCCCUCGAUCCUGUGUCAACACCCCCAAGCCAGGCAUGAGUGCUCCAUUACCGCCUCCUAGGCAGUAUAUGCUGAUUCCAAUCAACCCACCCCAGACGACACUUAGAAGGCAUAGUCCCCCACCAGCUCCACCCCGAUCUACAUCAAUACGCAAAUCUCCUCCACCUCCACCUCCCAGAUCAGCCAUUCAUACUCCGGCUUCUAAGAAUGAAUGGAUUGAUUUUCCUCCACUUCCACCACCUCCAAUAUCAUCUCUAAACACUCCCUCUAGUCCAACACCAAAAUUGACUCCAGUUCCAGAGGAGACUUCAUCACCAUCUACACCUCAACCCUCUGCAUCAUCUAGAAACUCAGACACAUGUUCUCCAGUAACUUCCAGUGCCACAGCAAGAGCUACCACUCCCUCUUUAAGUGAAUGUGAAGCAGAUUCAAGAAUAUCAAAUAAAGAGGAACAAACCAAUGCUCAGGCCAUUACAAUCUCAUCCACCUAUUCCAGUUCUCAGUUGGACGUGAAAACUGAUGAUAAGCCACCAGCUCUUCCACCACCCCCUGAAGAAGAGUCUGAAGAAGAGCCACCCCUACCACCUCCCCCUCCAGUAGAUUCCCAAAGCAAGUCUGAACCCCCUCUCCCUCCGCCCCUCCAUCCUCCUCCUCCUCCUCCACCUCCAAGAAAUAUAAUUACAACUCCACCACUUCCACCUCCCCCCAAAAUUGUAUCAAAUGGGGAAUAUCUCACAUCUCUUGUGGAUAAUGACAAAAAAUUCUCUAAUCAAGUAAGUAUUUUUACUUCAGAUUCGGCAGAAAGUUCCAAAGAACCCCCUACCAUGCCUCCACCUCCACCAGCACAACCUGCAACAGAAGCAUUAGCUGUUUCAUCUUCAUCCAUGCUUACAUCUAAUGUGACACCUCCAGUUUCUUCAGUCCCCCCUGUGCCACCACCAGCACCUUCAUCUACAUCAUCAGAUGAUAAAUCUCAGUAUACACCUCCACCUCCACCACCUAACAUUUGCCUAACUUCUCCUAAACCUGGCCUUCCCAACUCCUCUCUCUUCUCAAUCUCACCAUAUGGCAAGGUUGUCAUCAACCGAAGUGAUUUACCACUCCCAUCACCAGAAGAAGAGAUAAGGAAAGUCUUUGUAAAUGUUAAGGACUGGGGAAUUUUGGAAGAGGAAACAGAAACACUGUCAGUCUAUACUCAGCUACGACCUAAUAUCCAGCAGGGACCACAAUGUGGUUUAGUGGCUCUUAGUAUGGCAUCUCAAGUCUUUCCUGAGACUGUAGAUGUUGCUGACUUACUAAAAGAGGCCAGGAGAAGAGGCUUUACCAAGCAUGGAGAGAUGUUUAGUUCAGAAGCCAUGGUUAGCCUGGCAGAAGGAAUUACUGGGAUGGAGGCAACCAUCAGAAGAGAUGUCUUGUGUGACCCAAGGACCCUCCUGGAACUCUUGAUGAAAGGAGAUUUGAUUUUAGUGCCUUAUGAUGCUGAGCGGAAUCAUCUACCUGGGCUCCGGGGUGGUCACAAGGCGCACUGGGGAAUCAUCUGUGGGUGCCUGGUGCAGUGUCCCACUCUCAACGUACACAUGGGUGGCUCUUCCAAACUAGACUCACAUGUUGAUCACCUGUGGCAUUUCCGCCCAAGACUAAGAAAAGGAGCUCCUGGCAUGAGCAGAGAUGGCAGUGUCACACCUAGUGGUACCCCUCUCAUCCCUGGCUCUCCAAGGUUGGGACAUAGACCAUUAAGGACUCCAGAUAUUUCUAAUGAAUUUAAGUACACAGAAUCCCAUGAGAGAGAGGGAUCAUGUGCGAGAAGCGUGGAUAUGGAGAGCUGGAGUGUCAGCAGUAGCCGUGUUACUACACCAAUGUUACCAGAACUGCCUCAUGAGGAAUUUAAACUGAUUCCACUGUGGCGUCAGGGCAAAGGUCGUAAUUUGAUGGCUGCUCCUCUUGAAAAAUUAUGUGAAAGUAAUGACCAGUUACUGUCUUAUCCAGAAGGCACCACUGAAGCAGAAAUGGAAUAUGUGAUUGGGUCUGUGCAGGAUGGACUUGCAGGCCAAGUUGUAGUGUUGCACAAAACAAAAACUGCACUUUCUGACCUUGUUGGUAUGCUUCAAGAAAAGAAAUAAACUUCUCCUUGUAAUAUUCUAGAAAGGAAAACAAUUUUCCAGUGGGUGUAUGCUCAGCACCAUAGUCACCAUAGUAUAUGCUUACUGUAACAAGAAAUAUUUUUUGGAUUGCCCUUAAAAUGAUGUUACUUGUAGUUCAGCAGUUUAGUUAUCUGGAGAAUGGUAUGCAGUUUGAUUUACUUGUCGAGAUGUAUGAUAAUGUGAGAAUUGAUGAUUAUAUUGAAUCCUAGGUUUCUCUUAGGUCUAAUCUCCAUUUCCCCCAUUAGAAUGGAUAAGUUAGGUAAUAGCUUAAAAAAUCAUAUUUAUUAUGCUUUCAUUUGCCAGUAAUAAGAUUUUCCUUAGCAGAUUUCCUUUACACUUUUACUUAUGUCAAAAGUCUUGUCUGUUUUUGAGUAUGUACAGCAAGGUUAUAUCUUUCUUUUGAUUAUUAUGUCUGCUCUUGCUCCAGUAAUUUACAGAAAACAUUUAACUGUUUCUGUACAAGAUUCUCCAUUUCCCAUCUUACAGAUGAGAAUGUUUAUGCACAAAAAUGUUGCCUUUUUCAAACAAUUGACUCCAUGAUUGAUUUGUUAUUGCAGAAGGCUUAUUCACAUCUACAAGUUAAACAUUUAAUGAGUAAUGUAUCAUUUACAGAAUAACAAGUUUUUAUUCAUAAUGUAUAUGGAGAAUAUGGCAUCCAGAAAAGCUAAGGCAUAAUGAAAAUAAUAUUUUGUAAAAAAUGAAUGGAUAUAUAUUUAGCACAAUAUAUUACUGGAAUUUGCAACACAUAUGGUUACAUAUUUUUUCAUCCAUAGUAUAGUAUGUUAUAAAGAAAAUCACUAUCUUUACAGUUAGGACUCCAGUGAAUUUUGCCAGUUAAAACCAAGGCCAGAUUGUGCCAUAUUUGUAGUAAUAAAUUAUAUAGCCUAUUUCCUUUCUAAUAGGAUUUUGGUGUAGAAUUUCCAUAUUUGUAUGUUAACAUAUUGAACAGACAGCACAUGUUGAGGCAGCCACCAUUAUGAUAAGUAUACUUUUUUAUUAUAUUUUGUGUAUAUACUGUUAAUGGUUAGUAUGUAUUUUGAUUAAUAUAUAAGUAUAUAACACAUACAUUAUGUGUGUUUAUGCACAUUGAUAUAUGUUUAAAUGUAUGUCAU